AUGAAUCGAUUUCGCGUUUUCAUCUUGUACUUCGCGACCCUUGUGGGUUUUGCCAGGAGCGAAUUCGUUGUUUGCAAUGCGAGCCCAGGCUUAGUCAGUUCUCAAGGUAACACCGUUGCUUGCUAUACUUCUGUCAAUGGAGGCACGAGAGAAUACAAGUGUCCAUGGGGAAGGUGUAACGCAGCGACAGCCACAGGAUGUCAAAUCAACAGCCAUCAAUGGAAACCGGAUGUUGAGUUUACUUGUGACAAAGAUUAUAGCCUACCGGUCGGAAACGAUGUGAAAAUCAUCUGUGACGCGAACAAAUCCUGGAAGACCAAGUGUGAUCGGAAAUCCGGCCCGGAUUGUCCACACAAUAGUGAAACAAGCUAUGAAGCUGAAUGCAACAUCAUCACCAACCAUUCGCGUUGCCAUGGCUGCGUACCUGCCUAG